CAUCAAGAGCCACCAUGCCAGCAGCAGCACAUAACAACCAGCACCAGCACCGUGGCGACCAUGUGGCCAUGGCAGCAGCACCGUGGAAGGGUUCGGCUACUCCUGCGGCGGCGGAAGAUGAAGACGGUAAAGCUGGGAGGAGAGGGGAAGAAGACGUCGGCGAAGAGAAGAAUGUUCCGCGGGCUUGUGAGGAUCUUGAGGAGGAUGAAGGUGAGGUGGCUGAAACUGCAGUACCUUCGCAUGUUGAAGAGACUGAAGGAACAUUACCGAAGCAUCUUGAAGGAUCUGGUUGAAGCUGGUGCCUCCGUUGAAACCUUUCAGCAGAGGCUUUUCAUGGAAACUAGUUUCGCUAUUCCUAUUGGUGUCUCUUUAUCUACCUAUCCUUCUCAUUUUGGAUCCGAUUGCCCAAGAACCAUCUUCAUGUAAUGUAAAUUUAUUAUUAUUUAUUAUUAUUAUUGCCUUAACUCAUAUAGAAGAAGGAAAUUAAAUUAAACAAGUAAUUAUUCCUUCUUAUGCUUCAAUAGUUGAAUUUGUACUUUCUUUAUAUGUA